AUGAAUGUACUGGUCAUGGACAAGUGGCAAGCUUAGUUUUGAUCAAAGUUCAAGGUUCGCAAAAAAUCUUUGGGGGAUAUAGUCCCAUCGGAUUUAAAUUUCGUCCAAUUUCAUUUAAUGAUAAGAAUUUAUAUGAUCAUUGUACAACGGAUAGUUUUAUUUUCUCAUUUGAAAAUGAUGAAGACACUCGGAAUAUGAAAAUAAGUCGGGUG